CAGCAUGGCGGUCAAGGUGACUCCGGCUAAAUUUCACUGAACAGAGAUUGCUUUUACUUUUACUUGCGUGUUUCACUAGUUUUUAACAAAUUAAUGGCGGUGCAAUCAACCAAAAGGGCCGAUCCUCAUGAGCUGAAGGCUAUCUUUUUGAAGAAUGCGAGCGUGGUGGACAAGGAUGGGGAACAUUACAUGACCCCGGCGGACUUCGUGCAGAAGUACCUGGGCCUUCACACGCAGCCCCAUCACAACCCCAAGACUGUGCAGCUGAUCGCGGGAGUGGCGGACACCACUAAAGACGGACUGAUCUCAUUCCAGGAGUUUCAAGCCUUUGAGGCAGUACUUUGUGUCCCAGAUGCGCUCUUUAUAGUUGCCUUUCAGUUAUUUGACAAGACUGGCACAGGGGACAUCUCAUUCGAAAAUGUGCGAGACAUCUUCAGCCAGACCACAGUGCACCACCACAUCCCUUUCAACUGGGACUGCGAGUUCAUCCGGCUGCACUUCGGCCAUGACAGGAAGAAGCGCCUCAGUUACUUAGAGUUCACUCAGUUCCUGCAGGAGCUGCAGCUGGAGCACGCCCGCCAGGCCUUCGCCCAGAAGGACAGGGGCAGGAGCGGCGCCAUUUCCGCUCUCGACUUCAGCGACAUCAUGGCCACCAUCCGCCACCACAUGCUCACGCCUUUCGUGGAGGAGAACCUGGUGUCGGCUGCAGGGGGCAGCACCUCCCACCUGGUCAGCUUCUCCUACUUCAACGCCUUCAACUCGCUGCUCAACAACAUGGAGCUCAUCCGCAAGAUCUAUAGUACCCUGGCGGGCUCGCGCAAGGACACGCUUGUCACCAAAGAGGAGUUUGUCCAUGCGGCCAACAAGUUCGGCCAGAUCACUCCAAUGGAGAUCGACAUCCUGUACCAGCUGUCCAGCCUCCACACUCACUCCGGGCGGCUGAACCUGGCAGACAUCGAGAGGAUAGCGCCGCUGGAGGAGGGGGCCCUGCCUUACCACCUGGCCGAAGUCCAGAGACAGCAGGCCUAUGGGGAGACGUCGCGGCCGGUCUGGCUCCAGGCGGCUGAGUCCGCGUACAGGUUCACCCUGGGCUCCAUCGCCGGAGCCACGGGGGCGACGGCGGUGUACCCUAUCGAUUUGGUGAAGACCCGCAUGCAGAACCAGCGCUCCACCGGCUCCUUCGUGGGAGAGCUCAUGUACAAGAACAGCUUCGACUGCGCGAAGAAAGUGCUGAGAUACGAGGGCUUCUUUGGCUUCUACAGAGGUCUCCUGCCACAGCUUAUAGGUGUCGCUCCUGAGAAAGCUAUCAAGCUCACGGUGAAUGACUUUGUGAGAGACAAGUUCACCACUAAAGAUGACACCAUUCCGCUGUUUGCCGAGAUUCUAGCUGGUGGAUGUGCCGGAGGCUCCCAGGUCAUCUUCACCAACCCGCUGGAGAUCGUGAAGAUCCGCCUGCAGGUGGCGGGAGAGAUCACCACAGGCCCGCGGGUCAGCGCCCUGAGUGUUGUGCGGGACCUGGGCUUCUUUGGACUCUAUAAGGGUGCCAAGGCCUGUUUCUUGCGGGACAUCCCUUUCUCCGCCAUCUACUUCCCGGUGUACGCUCACACGAAGGAGGAGUUUAAGGACGAGCAGGGCAGGUUGGGAGCCCUGCAACUGCUGACCGCCGGAGCCAUCGCAGGAAUCCCCGCUGCCUCCCUGGUAACCCCUGCUGAUGUCAUCAAGACCAGACUGCAGGUGGCGGCGCGCGCCGGUCAGACAACGUACAGCGGAGUCAUCGACUGCUUCCGGAAGAUUCUGCGCGAGGAGGGCUUCAGAGCCCUGUGGAAGGGGGCGGGAGCCCGCGUCUGCAGGUCCUCGCCUCAGUUCGGUGUCACCCUGGUAACCUACGAACUCUUGCAGAGAUGGUUCUACAUCGAUUUUGGAGGACACCGUCCCACUGGAUCAGAACCCACCCCCAAGUCCCGGAUUUCAGAGCUGCCCCCUCCCAGCCCCGACCACGUAGGGGGUUACCGGCUGGCGGCGGCCACCUUCGCCGGCGUGGAGAACAAGUUCGGCCUGCACCUGCCCAAGUUCAAGUCGUCCGGUGUGGUGACAAUCCAGCCGCCCGCCCCCAAAGAGACGCCACAGGACUCCUAGACUGUCCUUCCACAAGUGCUGGAUCGUGAUUGGCUGCAUGCUCUGUGAGCCACCGCGUCCACUUAAAAAUAUUUCUAUACGUGAUUUUUUUUUUUUUUUGUUCUCCCCC